AUGAGAGCCAUCCAUCAACAUCUCAGGAAGAUCAAUAAACCUUCCGUCAAGACAAUUCAUAGCCCUGAUGGUGACAUCAUAGACUGUGUUUUAUUACAUCACCAACCAGCAUUUGAUCAUCCCAGAUUAAGAGGACAGAAGCCACUGGAUCCCCCUGAGAGGCCGAGAGGGCAUAAUAAGAGGAAAGGAUUGAGACCAAAGAGCUUCCAGUUAUGGAGAAUGGAGGGAGAGACAUGUCCUGAAGGAACAAUUCCUAUCAGAAGAACAAAAGAAGAAGACAUUCUCAGAGCAAACUCUGUUUCUAGCUUUGGCAAGAAACUCAGACAUUUUCAAAGAGAUACCAGCAGCAACGGCCAUGAACACGCGGUGGGGUACGUGAGCGGGGAGAAAUACUAUGGGGCAAAAGCAAGCAUAAAUGUGUGGGCUCCGCAGGUGCAGAACCAAUACGAGUUUAGUUUAUCUCAGAUUUGGAUUAUUUCUGGUUCCUUCGGUAAUGACCUCAAUACCAUUGAAGCUGGCUGGCAGGUGAGUCCGGAGCUCUAUGGAGAUAAUUACCCAAGAUUCUUUACUUAUUGGACCAACGAUGCAUAUCAAGCAACAGGCUGUUACAAUCUCUUGUGUUCCGGUUUUGUCCAAACCAACAGUCAGAUUGCGAUUGGAGCUGCAAUCUCUCCCUCGUCUUCAUACAAAGGUGGACAAUUCGAUGUUACUCUGCUUAUUUGGAAGGAUCCGAAGCACGGGAAUUGGUGGCUGGAAUUCGGGUCGGGUAUUCUAGUCGGGUAUUGGCCGUCGUUCUUGUUCACACACCUGAGGGAGCAUGCAAGCAUGGUCCAAUACGGUGGCGAAGUCGUAAAUUCAAGCCCAUUUGGGGCCCAUACUUCGACACAGAUGGGGAGUGGACAUUUUGCAGAGGAAGGGUUCACAAAAUCUUCUUAUUUCAGAAACAUCCAAGUAGUUGAUUGGGAUAACAAUUUGGUCCCUUCUCCGAAUAUCCGAGUACUCGCGGAUCAUCCGAAUUGCUACGAUAUUCAAGGCGGAUCUAACCGGGCCUGGGGGAAUUAUUUUUACUACGGGGGACCAGGCAAGAAUCCUAAAUGUCCUUAAAAAAUAACAUUUUUAUUUAGGGUUUAGGGAAGAUUACAAAGGCUACUUAAAUCAAAUUUUUUUUUUAUGGCUUUGAUCGUGUUCGUUUAUGUGUAAAUGUUAAAAAACGUAUAUUGGAAGAAAUGUAGAAUUUACAUCGACAAUAGUUUGCUUAGUUUACGCUGUCUUUCUUUUUGCGUAUAGUAAGAUAGAUAUUAUAUACAGAGAAAAAAAAAGUGAAUCAUGUAUUAGAAUUUUAUUGUAAAAA